UUGAAACCAGAAAUAAUGACAAGGAAUAAUUUAGCUACACUGUGUUAUGCCUCUACCAAUUGAGGUAGACAGUCCUGGUCGCUUUGUUGUUUUAGUUGGGGAGUUGACUCGAAGGUCUCCAAGAGAGAUUCAAGAUGGUCUACCUUGUGAAUCUCUGUUUUGAAGGUCUUACUUUCAGUAUCAUACUUGUAGACUGUCUCUUUAUAGCCAAAUGCUGAUCUUUCAAAUUUUACAAGAGAGUGAAGAGGAACUUGAAUGUAAGGGAUCUCUUUAGCAGGAAGUCCUCUCAAGUGUGAAUGGACACAUCUCAAAGUAGCCUGAUGGCUGAUUAUUAACACAGGAGAAGUAGCUGACUCUACUUCUUUAAGGAAAGGCUGGAGCCUUUUGUUUAAAUCAAUAUAGCUUUCUCCUUCAGGGUAUCUAUAAUUCAGCUUAUCCUUUUUCCUAAGUUGGAAUUCUUCAGGAUACUUUUCUUCAAUCUGUUCAUAGGUCAUUGAGUCACAAAUCCCAGCAUUGAUCUCAUCGAUUUCAGGUUUAACAGUAGGUUCUCCCUCUCCUAGAUCAUCAAGAAAGUCCUUGUGCAUAAAGUUUUCCUUUCUCGGAGAGUAAGGAGUCUCCUCCAAUGAGCUCCUUUGUGUUGUAAAUACUCUGACCAUGUCUUGAAAAGUAGAUUGGUGGAGAGUACACUUCUUUCUCUCUAAGGAGUUUCAAAGAGGAAAUGAUGUCAUCAUCUAUGCUCUCUAACUC